UGCGGCGCUGCCCUGCGCCACCCCUCGACCCCGGACGUAUGGCUGAGGGCUGGGGGCCUGCCUCGCGGCUUCCAAAGCCUCGGACUUGGACGCCCUGGGGUGUGAAGGGCCCCCGCUGGGACCCGCUGCGCUGGAGACCAGAAACUGAGGCCAAAAGAGCAUGUGAAUGGCUUCGCGCCACAGGAUUCCCACAGUAUGCUCAGCUUUUUGAAGAAGGCUCAUUUCCCCUGGAUAUUGACUCUGUGAAGAAGGACCACGGUUUUCUGGACGAGGACUCUUUGGGGGCCCUGUGCAGGAGGCUGAUGACCUUGAACAAUUGUGCCUCGAUGAAACUGGAGGUCCAUUUUCAAUGCAAGCAGAAUGAAGACUCUGAAGAGGAGGAACAGUGUACCAUCAGCAACCACUGGACCUUCCAGCGUGAAAGCAAGCGCUGGUCUCGCGUAGGUUCCUCUGACCUUCUGGCCCCACCAAGCCCCAGCCUGCCUGUCACCUCUAGCUGUGAGAGUGUUCUCACUGAGCUGAGUGCCAACUCUCUGCCAGUCAUCACCGUGAGUGUACCGCCUGAGCCAGGAGAGCUACCCUCACUGGGCCAUGCCUCCAGUGCAAGUGACCAGCCCCUCUUGAACAUUAGCCAUGGCCAUGAGGGGUCCCAGGACAAAGUCAAGAAGCACCGUUCUCGGAGUUUCCUCAAGCACCUGAAGAGAAAGGACAAGGGUGGCGGGCAGCAAGCAGAGCCUGAGCGUGGCCUGGCCAUGCCUGAGAAGACCUCCAAAACCUCAUCUUUCCGAAGUGGUCGGGGCUUCCUGUCAGGUGGAUUUUACAAAGCCAAGGACCGAGCAACUAGUUCUGCCAGCCGCAGUGGUGCUGAGACUCGGAGGGCCUGGGACAUCUGGCCUGUGGCCACACUGCGGCAUCCUCAGCGCAGACGCUGGGGUGACUGCCUGGUACAUGUACCCAGGGACCAUAAACCAGGGACAUUCCCUCGCUCCCUGUCCAUUGAAAGCCUGUGUCUUGAGGAUGGGCACCGCCUGGCAGAUUGGCAGCCAGGUAGGUGCUGGGGUUAUGAAGGGCGCCGUGGCUCCUGUGGCUCAACGGGCAGCCAUGCCAGCACCUAUGACAAUUUACCCGAGCUGUAUCCACCAGAGCCUGUGUCAGCUGCGGCUGAGACUGAAGAUGAAGACACUGAAGGAAGUUAUGCCCACUUAGAUGACAUCCUCCAGCAUGUGUGGGGGCUACAGCAACGGGUGGAGCUCUGGUCUCAGGCCAUGUACCCAGACAUGCGGCCUGCAGAGAAGGAAGAGGAAGAGGAUGAGGAAGAAGAGGAAGAGGCCAGUUCACCAGUGGAAAUAGCUACGGCUGAGGCUGAAGGCCAGGCUGAGGCUGAGGCCCAGGGAAGCUCCUCAGCGUGGAUCCAGAGUGAAGUCCAGCUAGUAGUACCAGCUCAGAUCCAGGCUCCAGCUGAAGCAGAACCAUUGGCACAGGCAGAGGCCGAAGCCCCAGUCUCAGUCCCAGUCUUGGCUCCAGUGUUGGCCCCAGCCCCGGCCCCAGCCUCUGCUGUGAUCCCAGCUGAGAACAAUGAACAAGAAGCAAAUUCAGGUGGGGAGCCCACCUCUGCCUCCAGCCUCUCUGUGGAAGGACAUUCCAUUUCUGACACUGUGGGCUCCUCCAGUGAACUUGACAGUAGCAGAAAUUCUGUGAGUGAGGCUGAGGCUUCAGGAUCCCUUGCUGGACUGCAGGCCUCAGCACCUCGUGAACGGCGUGAUUCCGGCGUGGGGGCCUCACUGACCAGACCCUGCAGAAAGCUCCGUUGGCACAGCUUCCAGAACUCCCACCGUCCCAGCCUCAACUCGGAGUCUCUGGAGAUCAACCGGCAGUUUGCGGGGCAGAUCAACCUGCUGCACAAAGGCUCACUGCUGCGGCUCACUGCCUUCAUGGAGAAGUACACCGUGCCCCACAAGCAUGGCUGGGUCUGGUCAGUUCCAAAGUUCAUGAAAAGGAACAAGACCCCAGACUACCGGGGACAGCAUGUAUUUGGGGUGCCACCGCUCAUCCAUGUGCAGCGCACGGGCCAGCCACUGCCACAGAGCAUUCAGCAAGCCAUGCGCUACUUGCGCAGCCAGUGCCUGGACCAGGUGGGCAUCUUCCGCAAGUCUGGGGUCAAGUCCAGGAUCCAGAACCUGCGCCAAAUGAAUGAGACUUCCCCUGACAAUGUCUGCUAUGACGGCCAAUCAGCCUAUGACGUGGCUGACCUGCUGAAGCAGUACUUUCGGGAUCUACCUGAACCCAUCUUCACCAGCAAGCUCACCACCACUUUUUUGCACAUCUACCAGUUGCUCCCCAAGGAUCAGUGGCUGGCAGCUGCACAAGCCGCUACCUUGCUGCUCCCCGAUGAGAACCGAGAGGUGUUGCAGACCCUGCUCUACUUCCUAAGUGACAUUGCCUCAGCUGAGGAAAACCAGAUGACAGCUGGCAACCUGGCAGUGUGCCUGGCACCCUCCAUCUUCCACCUCAAUGUCUCCAAGAAGGAUAGCCCCUCACCCAGAAUCAGGAGCAAACGCAGCCUGGUUGGCCGGCCAGGCCCUAGGGAUCUGAGUGAUAACAUGGCUGCCACCCAGGGCCUAUCACACAUGAUCAGUGACUGCAAGAAACUUUUCCAGGUGCCCCAAGACAUGGUGCUGCAACUGUGCAGCUCCUACAACGCGGCUGAACUCAGCCCUCCUGGCCCAGCGCUGGCGGAGCUGCGGCGGGCCCGAGCUGCUGGGGUGAGCCUCAGCCUCUACAUGGAGGAAAGCAUUCAGGAGCUGCUGCGUGAUGCCGCGGAGCGCUUCAAGGGUUGGAUGAGCGUGCCAGGGCCUCAGCAGACAGAACUGGCGUGUAGAAAGGCACCAGACGGGCACCCUCUGCGUAUGUGGAAGGCAUCCACAGAAGUGGCUGCCCCCCCAGCUGUGGUGUUACAUCGCGUCCUGCGGGAGCGGGCCCUUUGGGAUGAGGACCUGCUGCGAGCCCAGGUGCUGGAAGCCUUGAUGCCAGGGGUGGAGCUGUACCACUACGUCACCGAUAGCAUGGCACCGCAUCCCUGCCGCGACUUUGUGGUGCUCCGGAUGUGGCGCUCUGACCUGCCUCGUGGCGGUUGCCUGCUUGUCUCGCAGUCCUUGGAUCCUGAACAACCCGUGCCAGAGUCAGGAGUGCGAGCCCUCAUGCUCACUUCCCAGUAUCUCAUGGAGCCCUGUGGCUUGGGCCGUUCGCGCCUCACUCACAUCUGUCGUGCCGACCUCAGGGGCCGUUCUCCUGACUGGUACAACAAAGUCUUCGGGCACUUAUGUGCCAUGGAAGUGGCGAAGAUCCGGGACUCCUUCCCUACUCUGCAGGCGGCUGGCCCUGAGACAAAGCUGUGAGCUUUGCGCUGGAAACCAUACAGGUCCCUGGCACCAAGAGAGUGACAGGGAGUAAGAGCAGGUGUCUCCCCAUUUGUUCCGAAGGUUCCUCUAUAUGCACAAGGGAGGCAAGGACAAUAUAGGUGUCCUACCACCACUCCACCUUCAUCCCCAGCCAGCACUGUAUGCUAUGCUACUCUCCUGAGAGAGGAGAGCCCUGUUGAUAGCAAGAAUACCACUGCUGCCUGCCACCUGCCCCUGAAACCACCUCACAAACUGAACAAUCAACCCUGCCCACCAUGCACAGGGAGGAGGAUGGAGAGGAAAGGAGAGAGAGGAAAGGAAAGGAGAGGAGAGGAGGAGGUGGAGAAAGGGAGAGGAGAGAACAAGAGAGGAGAGGACAGGAGAGGAACAAGGCAGCCCUACUCACUCUUAGACUGACAGGCCAAGCCAUUCUAUUUGGUGCUAGGGUGGUCCUCUUGAAGUUGGAUCAGGAAGGUUCUGGUCCUUCCUUUGGGGCCUACAUUGGUCCUGAAGUGCUUUUCCAAAGAAAAUGGAUUUGAGGCCAUGGGCAUGUGGUGGAGCACAGAGCAGCCCCAACCACAACCAUCUGUUUUGUUUGUGCAUAAAUACGAUGCUGAUUUUUAUGAGGCUGAUGUAGAGGGGAUAGUAACUGGCCCCUGGUAGGUGACAUGACGAUUUGGGACAGCUUGGGAUUGCAGAAUGGGAACUAUCAUUUCUCAAGUCUCAAGAAACCCAUGAACCAGUCUCCCCCUGGCUUGAGCUCCACGUUUUAUCUGUCACUCUCUAGGGUCCCUGGUAGCGUUUGGCCACCCACUACCAUGUGUGAAGAACAAACAGGCUCAUCCCUACCACACAGUAUAGGCAAAAGCUAGUAGUGGCGAGAAGGCAAGUGUCUUAAGAUCUCACCUCUUUGGCACACGAUAGUAGGUUCACAUAGCAGCCCCAUCAUUAAUCAGUGACCUGGCUUCUGGGCCAGCCAGAGAGGAGGAUCUGUCUUAGCCAGCUGGGGCUUGAUCCAAGCCUGAUCUGUCACAUGCACAUAUGCUGCUGCCAUCUUUGUUCAUAUCACAAUUUAAAUGGCAUUCAAAGGGCAACCAGUUUUUUGUCUUUCUGCCAAAUAAACUGUAUCGGGAUGGGUCUUAGCCACCACCGUACUUUUAAGCCAAUUUUAUGUGUACCUAUAAAUAUUGUACAGUAAGGAUGUGUAUUUGCAUGUGUUUAUGGACAUAUAUACACACACAUACAUACAGGGAUGUAGUCUUGUGUGAGUGUAUUAUAAUCUCUUGGUGGGAGUGCGGGUCUGAAAGGUCACAGAGGGCAUGGCACUUUCUACAAGAGGAGAGAGACGGAGAGCAGGUUACAGCAAGAACCUUUCACAGAAUAAUAAAGCAUUACUAAAGAUG